AUGCGGCGAUCCGUGCGGCUGCAGAAGCAAACCCUGCAUCCGCCCAGGAACCCGAUCCACCUCGCCACCAACCCGUUCACGAGGUGGUCGCGGCAUCUGCCGAAAUGGGCCGACCUCGGCGGCGCACUGACGCGCGUCCAAGUGGGUCUGGAAGGGUGCCACAGCGCCUUUAAUGCCACGAAUAGCAUAAGAACAUGUCUGUACUUUCAAACAGCGUCGCCGCCAACAUUUUUGAGGGCAACCUCCUGGAAGGCGAUUGAGCAUGUGCAGGUGCGAGAGGCAACCCCCAGGGACUGUUUUGUCCAUGAGGUGCAUGAGGAUGUCUUCUGCAACUCGAGCGCCGUCGGUCAUGCCGAAGCGGAGCCGAAUCCAUCUGGCUGCGGCGGUUCAGGCACAUCGUCUGCGUCUCCAUUCGACGGCAUCGCCCUGUUCGGUGAGGUGGACUACUUUUCAGAACUUUUUCACCCGCCUUGCGACAACGGCGAAACCACGGCUGCAGCGCGUAAUGCCUGUCCGCUAGUGGCGCUGGAGAACUUUGCCGAUCGUGCACAGAGCAUCAUGCGCACGCGCCUCUCCACUGCUGCGACUCAGAAGGGCGGGUGCAUCCGUCUCGUCGUGGGACACGAAAACUGGGGCGUUCGACGGAGCCUCUUGCAGGCCAAGGAGGACACGACGCAGGCGCUUCUCUGCGCUCGCACCCGCGCCGCUGCACUCGCCAGUAUCCCUCCGUCAACGCCCGCGCCUGUCGCGGAUAUGGUGGUCUACGUUCCUCAGUAUGGCACCACCAGCUCCCUCAACGUGGCCACAUCCUUGGGUAUAGCGCUAUUCUAUUGCUACAUGGACGCAGCCUGUCCGCAGGCGCGUGAGAUCUACUCCGCACGCUCUUUGUCGUGCUCAACCAUUGAUGGCUCACCGCCUGAUGGCCCCUCUUCUUACGACGAGCUCGAUGAGCUGCGGCGCCGUCUACAGGAGUAUCAGGCCUUUUUCUGCAAGGCCCUUCCAGCUCCCGUCACCUUCGGGAGUGAAAGCGCGUUAACGGCCACGGACGCAACGUCUUCUGGGCCAACGAAAUCAGUCGGCGACGCCCAUGUAAACACGACCCCUCGUGUGGACCAGCGUCCCCUCCAUCCAGUCUUCUACCUGCGCGAUUCUGAAGAAAUACAGCACCAACUGCGCGCUUACCGAAAGGCGUUGCUGCGGUACAGCGGCAGGCCUCAAGCGGUGGACUCUUAUCGACACCCAAACGGAGAUGCGGGCGCGUCUUCGCCGUCGCAGGCCUCCCACUUUGGUCUUUCUGUCUUGUAUGAGAACGAGUACGACCAGCGGAACUUUGGCGGGCUCAUUCGAAGCGCCAACGCCUUCCUCGUCGACUACAUCUUCUAUGUCGGUCGACGCAAGAUCAACGUCGUCGGCGCCGUCGGCUCCUACCACUACACCCCACCGGUGCACCUUGGUGCUCUACCCGAUUCCCCAUCAAUCGCGUUAACGAGCGAUGCAAUGUCGGACAGCGCCCCACGUGACUGGGCGGCGGCGAUGCACGCCAGGGUAGAGGAGGCAUACGGACUCAGUGCACCCAGAAACUGGUGGUUGCUUGAUUGCGGGCACGACUUCCUGUAUGAAGCGACCGUUGAUGGGCAGCGGGCGGGUCAGGGCUGUGAGGUUGACGCGGCUGCAUCUUCGCCGGCGUCUUUGCAGGCUUUUCGACGUUUGAAGGCUAACGGACAGACCCGCUCCCUCUGCGAUAGCGAGUCGAGUCUUCGAGAGGCGAGUGAUGGCGGUUUGGUACUACUCGUUCCCCAGGAGGGCAGACUGCCGCAUCCUGAGCUGAUGGGGCUGUGCACAGGCGUCCUCACGGUUCUUCCGGAAGGAGCUCACUUCUGCGAGCACAGAGGAGAUGCCGGCGAUGGCCGCGGCCGUGGCGGGAACGGCCACCGCGGUCUACCGUCGCAGGUGGCAAGCGGCGUGGCACUGCAGCGACUGUCUGCUGUGAUGCACCCGCGCUUAGCCGCUCUCUGA